AUGGCGGGGCGGCUGAGGCGGCUCGGCGGCGUUGCCUUUAUGCAGCAGAAAUGGAGAAGUUCUGUCUCCACACAAGCAAAAAUGCCUCCUUGUGAUUUUGUACCUGAAAAAUAUGAAUCCUAUCCAUAUGAACGUGUGCAGAAGAUCCGUGAACAAAAUAUUGCACCGUCACUGCGAACGUAUUACAAGAAGCCACUGCUGCUGCACCAGGGACACAUGCAGUGGCUGUUUGAUCAUGAGGGACGAAGAUACCUUGAUCUCUUUGCUGGAAUUGUCACUGUCAGUGUUGGACACUGUCACCCAAAGGUAACUAUGGCUACCCAGAAGCAGCUGGCUCGCCUGUGGCAUACCACCAACAUCUACAUGUACCCAGCAAUCCACGAGUAUGCGGAGAAGCUAACUUCUCUUUUUCCAGAUCCACUGAAGGUGGUUUAUCUCACCAACAGUGGUUCAGAAGCCAAUGAUUUAGCUAUGUUCAUGGCAAGGCUACACACUGGUAACUUCGACAUCAUCUCUCUCAGAGGAGGAUACCACGGAGGCAGCCCUUACACGCUGGGUUUGACAUCCCUGACUCCUUAUAAGCAUGGUGUUGCCAAUGGCUUCGGCUGUACAACUACAAUGUUACCAGAUGUUUUUCGUGGUCCAUGGGGAGGCAGCCAUUGUAGAGAUUCUCCAGUGCAAACUGUUCGAAAAUGCAGCUGUACUGAAGGUGCAUGUCUUGCAAAAGACCAGUACAUUGAACAGUUCAAAGAUACUCUGAAUACCUCAGUGCCCAAGAGAGUUGCUGGAUUUAUUGCUGAACCAAUACAAGGUGUUAAUGGAGCUGUUCAGUACCCAAGAAAUUUCUUAAAGGAAGCUUAUCAGCUUAUACGGGAAAGAGGAGGCCUUUGCAUUUCAGAUGAAGUGCAGACAGGAUUUGGACGGACAGGCAGCCAUUUCUGGGGGUUUCAAACACAUGGUGUAGUCCCUGACAUCGUUACUUUGGCAAAAGGAAUUGGCAAUGGCUUCCCAAUGGCAGCUGUUGUUACAACAAAAGAGGUUGCAAGUUCCUUGGCUCAAAACCUUCACUUUAAUACAUUUGGAGGAAACCCUUUGGCCUGUGUAGUUGGAGCUGCAGUUCUUGAUCAGGCUAUUGAAGAAGAUGGUCUACAAAAAAAUAGUGAGGAUGUGGGGACAUACAUGCUGCUGGAGUUGGCUAAACUACGGGAUAAAUUCGAGAUUGUUGGAGAUGUCCGUGGCAAGGGACUUAUGAUUGGAGUAGAAAUGGUGACAGAUAAGGACAGCCGACGCCCUCUUCCAGCUGAAGAAAUCAAUCAGAUCUGGGAGGACUGUAAAGACCUGGGGGUUUUGAUUGGCAGAGGAGGGCUCUACAGUCAGACAUUCAGAAUUAAGCCUCCUAUGUGCAUUACUAAGGGGGACGUUGACUUCGCUGUGGAAGUAUUUCAUAUUGCUUUACAGAGACACGUGGAAAGAGCAGCUGCAAAACAGAAUUGAUUGGUUUCCUUACAUGAGAGGCACACACAAUUCCUGAUACUUGUGACCCAGACUGGGCACUAAUCUACCCUAGAAAAUAAAAUCACAGUCUGACAAUUACAUGUUUGUUCAGUAUCAUAAGAGCAUUCUGACAGAUACGGUGUCCAACAAAGGAUAUGGUGCAAUCUGUUUUGUAAAUCUGCAGUUCAGUUCUACAGUACUGAUUUGUAUGAGCUGCACACCUAUUUUGCCAUUAUCAAAAAAUCCCUGGCUGGAUUAACAGCGUAUCAAAUGGAGAGACAGGCAUAUGUUCUCCUUUUUUUCUGUGAAAAUCCUAUCAAAAUCAGUAAUUUUUAAAAGAGCGACAGAAAGAGUUGGGAAAGAAAUUUCAGAGUUAAAACUGUUUACCCUGCCUACAAGAUCACACUGUAAUUAGAGCAUUACAAAAAGUUUGCAGACAGUUGAGACGUUUCUAAUUACAAUAAUUAUUUUUAUCAUGGGGAUAAGAAAUCCAGUCAUCACUCUCCAAAAUACACUUCUCUUUUCCUCCUGUUGCUUUUGGGAUUGCACAGCAUACCCAUUAAUCAUUUUGUAAAGGUACAAACUCUGGAAGGUGGAAUAAAAUGUUCUUUCUUACAUAAUCACUUUUUAAUGUAUAAGGUCACUGCUUCCUUGAGUUUCCAAUAAAAAAACAGAUGUUGUGGACAGUCA